AUGAUGCCGCCACCAGUCAACGUGGCUCUGGCAGUAGCCGCCCCGAGCGCUCCGGAGGUAGGAGGCGCCGCCUUCGAGUCGGAUGCAUCAUCCGACUCGCCAGAAUAG